UGACAGAUUUCACAUAAAAUCUGCCUCCCGCCAUUUUCUCUCUCUUUCGUGCUUCUGAAAUUGUUUUCCUCCAUCCUUCUUCCGCCAUUGACGCGCAGGGCAAGGCAGAGAAAGGAACAAUCAGUCUCGUUCUUCGCCAUCUCCUUUUGAUUCCUCUCUGUUCUGUUCUCUCCUCGUGUCGCCGGAAUAGCUGUACCCGGCGGGACCGAAGUUUUGCGGUGGCUAGUUUUCGGUUGCGUUCUUAUUAUCCUUACUCUUCUUCCAUCCUCUCCGUAGAUCAAUGAUGUCUCCGCUGUAUUCGUCUGACGACAGCCACUCUCCGGGAAAUUCGACGGUCGUCGCCAUCGACAAGGACAAGAACAGCCACUACGCCGUUCGUUGGGCGGUAGAUCAUCUCUUCAACAUGAUCAACAAUAGCAACAUUAUUCUCAUCCAUGUCCGUCUCAAAAACCCAAAUCACGGAGGCAACGGGACGAACCGAGAGAAUGAGGACAUGUCCAACCUUUUCGUUCCGUACAGGGGAUAUUGUGCCCGGAAAGGGAUUCGUUUGACGGAAGUUGUUCUUGAAGACACCGACAUUGCGAAAGCAGUCUUGGAUUACGUGAACAAGAACCUGAUAAACAGUCUCGUGCUGGGAGGGUCGUCGAAGAACCCAUUUGCGAGGUCUCUCAAGUUCAGUAAAUCCCAUGACGUGCAAGCAAACGUGCUGAAAUCGGCACCCGAGUUUUGCUCGGUGUAUGUGAUCUCUAAAGGGAAAAUUCAGACAGCCAAAACAGCUCAAAGGCCUAUUAGCAAUACCGCUGCCCCUCCUCGUGUACCGUCUUCUGGAUAUGUUCUCCAGUCUUUAUCCGACAGCGAGCAAGAUGAAGGAUCUAGGAGACAGCGGAAUCUAAGGAACAUGGCGCAAGAGAGAUAUCCGCACGAUAAUACCACAAAAGCAAUUCAAGAGAGGCAUAAGAGUCCUACAGGAGGGUCAUUGGACCUUAAUUAUGAUAUGACACAAUCUCUGUACCAAAGAAACAACACGAACCGAAGUUCAUUUUCCAACGACAAUGAUGAUGGAUCUUCCAUGAUGGGUUCCAUUGACAUCUCUUCUCAGAAUUUAGAUUUCAUGAACGCGCCUCCUGAAGAACCACAAUCUGCUAGAGAGAUUGAAGCUGAGAUGAGAAGGUUGAAGCUUGAACUCAAGCAAACCAUGGACAUGUACAGUUCAGCGUGCAAAGAAGCACUUACGGCCAAGAAAAAGGCCAAUGAGCUUCAUCAAUGGCAAAUGGAGGAAGCUCGGAAAUUUGAAGAAGCCAGGCUCGCUGAAGAAGCGGCCUUGGCCAUUGCAGAGAUGGAGAAGGCCAAAUGCAGAGCUGCCAUGGACGCAGCUGAGAAAGCACAGAGGAUGGCGGAGCUGGAAUCGCAGAGAAGGAAGCAAGCUGAGAUCAAAGCUAGAAGGGAGGCAGAGGAGAAAGACCGUGCCCUGAAUGCUUUGGCCCAUAACGAUGUCCGGUACAGAAAAUACACUAUAGAAGAGAUCGAAGAAGCCACAGAGAGAUUUGCAAACCAUAACAAAAUAGGGGAAGGUGGGUAUGGACCAGUGUACAAAGGCAAACUCGAUCAUACUCCUGUUGCCAUCAAAGUCUUGAGACCUGAUGCUGCUCAGGGAAAGAAGCAAUUUCAACAAGAAGUUGAGGUUCUAAGCUGCAUAAGGCAUCCCAACAUGGUCCUUCUCCUUGGUGCAUGUCCGGAAUAUGGGUGCUUGGUGUAUGAAUUCAUGGAAAAUGGAAGCUUAGAAGACAGGCUCUUUCGCAGAGGAAACUCACCUCCGCUUUCAUGGGGGAAACGGUUCCAAGUAGCAGCAGAGAUCACUACUGCCCUCUCGUUCCUUCACCAUGCAAAGCCCGAGCCUCUGGUUCACCGUGAUCUAAAACCAGCCAAUAUACUCUUAGACAGAAACUACGUGAGCAAGAUCAGUGACGUCGGUUUAGCAAGGUUAGUCCCAGCAUCGGUAGCUAAUAGCGUCACACAAUACCACAUGACAUCUGCAGCAGGAACGUUCUGUUACAUCGACCCCGAGUACCAGCAAACGGGCAUGUUAACCACGAAAUCGGAUAUAUACUCACUCGGGAUAAUGCUGCUUCAAAUCAUUACUGCCAAGCCUCCGAUGGGUCUUGCUCACCAGGUCUCGAGGGCCAUCGAGAAGGGAACUUUCCGGGAUAUGCUUGACCCGACCGUGCCUGAUUGGCCCGUUGAAGAGGCUCUAGCUUUUGCUAAACUCUCCCUUAAAUGCGCGGAGUUAAGGAAGAGAGAUAGACCAGAUCUUGGAAAGAUCGUAGUACCAGAGCUUAACCGGUUAAGAAAACUCGGUAAGACCGCGGAUUCAGGCCAUAUUCUCGGCCAUUACCAUCAGAACCGAAGCCGACUUCCACCGACAAGUCCAAGGUUGUCUAAUCCAUGUCAGGAUGGGAAAACUACCAAUGAAGACGGAGGAACUGAGCCUGAAGAUGCAGAAGCUGCAGCGUCUUAGUGCCAAAGACAUUGGCAAUAGCAGCAAGAACUAUGUUAAAACCCUAGAGAAGAGAUGGAGAUUACUUGUUUCGCAAGAAAGAGACAGGGGAAGUGCCAGGGAGAAAUUGAACAGCCAAACCCUAGCUAAUGCAUCUCCACAACUUACUGAUACAUCUCAGAAGCUUCUCGAAGCUUCCACACUUCAAAGGUAUAUUUGACUAUUUCACUUGUAAGUUUUUACUGCUGUAGCAUUUUCGCGAUCCCGUUGGACUCAUGAAUUGUGAAGCAACUUAUGUCUAAUUGUUAACUUGUAAAAACAGGUU